AUGGGGGGCAAGUCUGCUACCAAGGCCGCUUACUUCGAGAAGCUCAAGGCCCUUCUCGAUGAGUACAAGACCGUCUUCAUUGUCGGUGUCGACAAUGUCAGCUCCCAGCAGAUGCACGAGAUCCGUGUCUCUCUGCGUGGUGAGGGUGUCGUCCUGAUGGGUAAGAACACCAUGGUCCGCCGUGCCAUCAAGGGCUUCGUCACCGACAACCCGGAGUACGAGCGCCUGCUCCCCUUCGUCAAGGGUAACGUCGGUUUCAUCUUCACCAGCGGUGACCUUAAGGCCACCAAGGAGAAGAUCCUGGCCAACCGUGUCGCUGCUCCUGCUCGUGCCGGUGCCGUUGCCCCCGCUGAUGUCUGGAUUCCCGCUGGUAACACCGGUAUGGAACCCGGUAAGACCUCUUUCUUCCAGGCUCUCGGUGUCCCCACCAAGAUUGCUCGUGGUACCAUUGAAAUCACCACCGACCUGAAGCUCGUUGAGGCUGGUGCCAAGGUCGGCCCCUCCGAGGCCACCCUGUUGAACAUGCUCAACAUCUCUCCCUUCACCUACGGUAUGACCAUCUCCCAGGUCUACGACCAGGGUCAGACCUUCGGUUCCGAGGUUCUCGACAUCGAGGAGUCCCAGCUCCUUGAUGCCUUCAGCGCUGCCAUCAAGACCAUCACCAGCAUCUCUUUGGCCGCUAACUUCCCCACCCUUCCCUCUGUCGUCCACUCCGUGGUCAACAGCUACAAGAAGGUUCUCGCUGUUGCCAUCGAGACUGAGAUCUCCUGGCCCGAGAUUGAGGAGCUCAAGGACCGUAUCGCCAACCCUGACGCUUACGCUUCUGCCGCUCCCGCUGCCGCCGCUGCCCCUGCUGGCGGUGAUGCCCCCGCUGCCGAGGCCCCUGCUGAGGAGGCUGAGGAGUCUGACGAGGACAUGGGCUUCGGUCUUUUCGACUAA